AUGCCUAUUUCCAAAACCAAACUCGCCUCUGCUGAUUCUCGCUCUGCUAGUCACGAUGCAAAGGCUCAAGCUAUAGAAAUUGCCAGCAAAGCAGCAAAAAAUUCCCAAAAGCCAGCGCAAAAAAGCUCCCAAAAGCUUUCUGACUGGGAAAUUGUUCGCUCAGACCUGGAUCAAGCUCCGAAAAAUAAAAAUACUAAAAGUAAUGACAAACCCAAACAGACUCCUACUCCUGCCCAAAGCAAACCUGCAACUCCUGCAAACAAGAAUGCCAGCCCAGCACCUAAAAAUGAAGCCGAAAAGUCUCAACCCAAAAGUUUUUCCCAGAUAAAAUCACAGCCCAUACAGGCCAAAGAUACUCCAGUCCAAUCUAAACCUGCAACUCCCGCGCCUGCUCAGGCAAAGGCUGCUCAGGCUCAAGCUAAACCACAAUCUGCUCAGGCUCAGGCUAAACCACAAUCUGCUCAAGCUAAACCUGCAACUCCCGCGCCUGCUCAGGCAAAGGCUGCUCAGGCUCAAGCUAAACCACAAUCUGCUCAGACUCAGGCUAAACCACAAUCUGCUCAGGCAAAACCUGCUACUCCCGCGCCUGCUCAGGCAAAACCUGCUACUCCCGCGCCUGCUCAGGCAAAGGCUGCUCAGACUCAAGCUAAACCACAAUCUGCUCAAGCUAAACCUGCAACUCCCGCGCCUGCUCAGGCAAAGGCUGCUCAGACUCAAGCUAAACCACAAUCUGCUCAGACUCAGGCUAAACCACAAUCUGCUCAGGCAAAACCUGCAACUCCCGCACCUGCUCAGGCAAAGGCUGCUCAGACUCAAGCUAAACCACAAUCUGCUCAGACUCAGGCUAAACCACAAUCUGCUCAAGCUAAACCUGCAACUCCCGCGCCUGCUCAGGCAAAGGCUGCUCAGACUCAGGCUAAACCACAAUCUGCUCAGGCAAAACCUGCAACUCCCGCGCCUGCCCAGGCAAAGGCUGCUCAGGCCCAAGCUAAACCACAAUCUGCUCAGGCUCAGGCUAAACCACAAUCUGCUCAGGCUAAACCUGCAACUCCCGCGCCUGCCCAGGCAAAGGCUGCUCAGACUCAAGCUAAACCACAAUCUGCUCAGGCUAAACCACAAUUUGCUCAGGCAAAGGCUACUUCUCAUCACACUUCGCACAACCACAAUGUCGAUGUUUGGGAAAAUUCCGAAGCAUUUGCUCUUGCCGGAAUUUUCGGAGAUAUCUGCGCACCUAAUGGAGCCCAGGCAAACACUUGCAAAAGCAGUACUGCUAGCUCUCAAAAUGCAAAAUCUGAGAUAAAACAAGCCGCUGCAGCUCAACCUAAAAAGGCCGAGACUCAGGCUAAACCACAAUCUGCUCAGGCAAAACCUGCAACUCCCGCACCUGCUCAGGAAAAGGCUGCCCAGGCAAAGGCUGCAACUCCCGCGCCUGCCCAGGCAAAGGCUGCUCAGACUCAGGCUAAACCACAAUCUGCUCAAGCUAAACCUGCAACUCCCGCGCCUGCCCAGGCAAAGGCUGCUCAGACUCAGGCUAAACCACAAUCUGCUCAAGCUAAACCUGCAACUCCCGCGCCUGCUCAGGCAAAGGCUGCUCAGGCUCAAGCUAAACCACAAUCUGCUCAGGCAAAGGCUGCAACUCCCGCGCCUGCCCAGGCAAAGGCUGCUCAGAUUCAGGCUAAACCACAAUCUGCUCAAGCUAAACCUGCAACUCCCGCGCCUGCCCAGGCAAAGGCUGCUCAGACUCAGGCUAAACCACAAUCUGCUCAGGCAAAACCUGCUCAGGCUCAGGCUAAACCACAGGUCAAUCAUGCAAAGGCAACCUCUGUGCAGUCUAAAACUCAAACCCAUCUUCCCGACAUUCACAUGAGUGCUCAAUAUGACGAAACUCUGUCAUGUAUCCACUUUCUUUUUGACGAAACUACUCAUACUUCCAAUGCGUCUAUCAAGUCAACUCAGGCCGCACCAAAGGCAAACCAGCAUAUUGCUCAACCAGCGCAGAUCAAAAACGCGUCUGGACAUGCAAAGCCACAAUCCGCAAAUGCAAAGAACAUACCUGCUCAAGCUAAACCUGCUCCAGUAAAAGAUGCAAAUACCGCACUUUCUGGUACGUUCUCAUAUGCCCAGAUAUUAGUUAGCUCAAAAACUCCCACCCAAUCUAAGCCUGCCCAGACAAAGGCUGCUCAGGCAAAACCACAAUCUGCCCAGGCAAAGGCUGCUCAGGCCCAAGCUAAACCACAAUCUGCUCAAGCUAAACCUGCAACUCCCGCGCCUGCUCAGGCAAAGGCUGCUCAAGCUCAGGCUAAACCACAAUCUGUUCAGGCUAAACCUGCAACUCCCGCACCUGCCCAGGCAAAGGCUGCUCAAGCUCAGGCUAAACCACAAUCUGCUCAGGCAAAGGCUGCAACUCCCGCACCUGCUCAGGCAAAGGCUGCAACUCCCGCACCUGCUCAGGCAAAGGCUGCUCAGACUCAAGCUAAACCACAAUCUGCUCAAGCUAAACCUGCAACUCCCGCGCCUGCUCAGGCAAAGGCUGCUCAAGCUCAGGCUAAACCACAAUCUGCUCAGGCUAAACCUGCAACUCCCGCGCCUGCUCAGGCAAAGGCUGCUCAAGCUCAGGCUAAACCACAAUCUGCUCAGGCUAAACCACAAUCUGCUCAAGCUAAACCUGCAACUCCCGCGCCUGCUCAGGCAAAGGCUGCUCAAGCUCAGGCUAAACCACAAUCUGCUCAGGCAAAGGCUGCAACUCCCGCACCUGCUCAGGCAAAGGCUGCUCAGACUCAAGCUAAACCACAAUCUGCUCAAGCUAAACCUGCAACUCCCGCGCCUGCUCAGGCAAAGGCUGCUCAAGCUCAGGCUAAACCACAAUCUGCUCAGGCUAAACCACAAUCUGCUCAAGCUAAACCACAAUCUGCUCAGGCAAAGGCUGCUCAAGCUCAGGCUAAACCACAAUCUGCUCAGGCUAAACCUGCAACUCCCGCACCUGCCCAGGCAAAACCACAAUCUGCUCAAGCUAAACCUGCAACUCCCGCGCCUGCUCAGGCAAAGGCUGCUCAAGCUCAGGCUAAACCACAAUCUGCUCAAGCUAAACCACAAUCUGCUCAAGCUAAACCACAAUCUGCUCAGGCUAAACCACAAUCUGCUCAGGCUAAACCACAAUCUGCUCAAUCUAAAAAAGGCGAAUCAAAGAAUGACAAGACUCAAGCUCCAACCAACAAAAUGGCCUCUGAUCAAAAACACACUAGCACCAAGUCCUCCAAAGUUCCAGCUCUUCCCCGCAAGUAA